AUGGCAGGCGAUGUCACUUAUGCAGAUGUAGCAAUGCUACCUAGGCGGGAAAGACCACAUGUUCCUUCUCAAACAUCAACUCCAGGAAACACAAUCACAUACGCUGAACUGCAUGUGACGCCGAAACGCAGAGAGAGCAGCAGAUCAGAGGCUUCCGCUUCUGGUUUCAGAUGUCAGCAUUCAGCCUGGUUUUAUGUGGCCAUGAUCCUGGGAGUCCUCAUGCUCAUUUUGCUGGGUGUUACGGCUGUGCUAGCGAAGCAAUUUGUGAAGGGCAGAGGAGAAAAAUUGGAAAGUUUGUCUCAGUAUAGUCCUAAUAGCACUCACAAUCACAUUUCUUCAGAGAAAGCUGACUCAACAGUGCUACUGAAAUGGCUAAUGGAGGAACUGUGUGAAGAAGGAGAGGGAACAACAUGUGAGCUGUGUCCACCAGGGUGGCAACUACACAGGGGGAGAUGUUACUACUUCUCUGAGGAGGCUGUAAGCUGGGAUGACAGCCAGAGAAACUGUCUGGCUAGGAAAUCCCAACUUCUUGUUGUUGAAGAUGAAAUUGAGAUGGAAUUUAUAGAUAAUAAAGAGAAAGAUACCAAGUAUAUAUGGAUUGGGUUGAAGUUUCAAGAGAAGAAGAAACAAUGGCGUUGGCUUGAGAAUCAUGGAGUAAGAGAAAACAGGAUAGUGCUAGACAGAAUUGAGGCUGACAAGAACUGUGCUGUUUACAGAAGAAAAAACAUGAUCCAAACAGAUAACUGCCAGACUUUAAAAAAGUGGAUCUGCAAGAAGAAUGCAACCUUGUUGGCUCUCUGAACCAGAUUGCCAGAUAACAGGCAGAGCUCUUUGUCAGAAGACCAAUUUU